CGAGAUUUAGAAAACAGAGCCUACGCGUUUAUCCGCCCCCUCUAAAUGACGUUAUUUAUGGUCCUCCCCUUAGCCUAUAAUAUGCCGCAAGAAAAAUUGAACUGACAGGUACUCAGUGCUCAAAAACUUCACACGCGUUCAUCGGAGAAACUGUGGACUACAACGCAAUGUUCUGGACAACUCUUCUGCUUUUACAUUGUGUUCUCGUUCUCUUCUUGAUACUUUCAAAUCGGUCAAGAUCAAAGAAAGAACCUCCGUUGGAUAAAGGAAUCAUUCCGUGGCUGGGUCACGCGCUUGAAUUCGGACGAGAUGCCUCAAAGUUUUUAACGCGAAUGAAGCUGAAACACGGCGACAUCUUCACGGUACGUGUUGCUGGACACUACGUGACGGUGUUGCUGGACCCAGACUCUUAUGAUGCAGUCCUUCAGGACUCGGUCACACUAGACUUCACUCGCUACGCCCAGGUACUGAUGCAGAGGAUCUUCAGUUUGUCACUACCGAAUCACAACAAUUCCACAGAGAAGGCCUUAAUGAUGCGGCACUUCCAAGGAGACAGCCUCACCUGCCUGAAUAGUGUCAUGGAGGGGAACCUCCAGGCCCUACUGCAAUCUGAGACUAUCCAGGACCAGAAGAACUGGAAACAGGAUGGGCUCUUCAAUUUCUGCUACAGCCUGCUAUUUAGGGCUGGAUACCUCACACUGUUUGGAGCGGAGCAGAGCAACCACUACACAGACUCAUCUGCAGUCUACAAGGAGUUCAGAAAAUUUGACAGCCUCCUGACAAAAAUGGCACGGAACAUGCUGAACCCAGAGGAGAAGAGGAUCGCCGGUUCUGUGCGUCAGCAGCUAUGGAGCCUCCUGUCUGCAGCCCUGCCAGGUGAGAAGACAGAAGACACGUGGUUACAGAACUACCUUCAGCACCUGAAGGAUGAGGCCGUAGAUGAGGAGAUGCAGAAACGGGCCAUGCUACUUCAACUGUGGGCCACCCAGGGUAAUGUUGGACCUGCAGCUUUCUGGCUUCUUGGAUUCCUGUUAAUCAACCCCGAGGCAAUGAAUGCUGUGAAAAAGGAGUUUGACAGCCUCUUACUGCAAGCUGACUCACCACAGGGCCUCCCAUUUGACAAGUUACAGAACACACCAGUCUUUGACAGUGUACUGAAUGAGACGCUACGGCUCACUGCAGCCCCUUUCAUCACCCGAGAGGUGCUGCACAGCAAGACUCUGUGCAUGGCCGACGGGCGGGAGUAUGACAUCAGGAAAGGGGACCGCAUGUGCCUGUUCCCCUACAUCAGCCCCCAGAUGGACCCCGAAAUCCACGAGGAACCAGAGAAAUUCAAGUAUGACAGGUUCCUGAAUUCCAACGGCAGUGAGAAAAGGGAGUUCUACAAAGGCGGGAGGAGGCUGAAGUACUACACCAUGCCAUGGGGGGCGGGGAAGAACAAGUGUGUGGGACAGCAAUUCGCCAUCAGCAGCAUCAAACAGCUUUUGCUGAUGGUGCUAACGCGACUGGACCUGGAGCUGUGUGACCCGGCCUCUACGAUGCCCAAAGGGAAUCCCAGUCGCUAUGGAUUUGGGGUGCUGCAACCGGAAGGAGACAUGGAAAUACGUUACAAACUAAGAUGCACACUAUAGAGUCCAGCAGCUUUGCUCACCACAAUGCAGUGUUAAAUCAACCGUAACAACUCUAUUAUGAGUUAUACGUAGGCUACUCUAUCAGAGUUGAUUUACACAGAACGUUUUAUGCUGAACAGCUUUUCCAGGUUUAUAAACAAAAGCAUGUUCAUUUGUAUAUUAUAUUUUGUACGUAUUUUUGUAUUUUGUUAUUCAUUAAAUAAUAAAUAUUGUCUUUAUUGC